UUCGUGCGGUUGGGGCUCUAUGUGCUUUACUCUCUUGCCCUAUAGUUCGAAUUUUUAAAAAGGUUCCAACGCGCCAAAUUUAUUAUUUCAAAAUUGGAAUUCGCGGCUAAAAGUGCUCUUGUGACAAUGACUUGUUCUUUUUUAAAUGCAAAAAUGGCACGUGUUUUUUGCGUAUUUUACCUGGCAACCCAGUUUUUAAAGUUUUAAUUUUAAGUGUGCCGAAAUGUGACCGUGUUUGUGAAACUGUUUUGAUGACAUGAAUCUUGGGGUUUUAAAUGGACGCAAUCAUACUUAAAGUGGCCGUAACAAUGUAAUGGCAAGCAGGACUGUAAGGAAAAUAAAAAAAGGCAAAAAUAAAGACGCCAACAUACCUGGAUCCGCCAAUGAGCUUCCAGCUGUUAUUGGUACUUUGGCGAAAGACAUGAAAGUCCAAAUAAUAAAGAAAUCUACUGAAACCAAAAACAGUUCAAAUGUAAUAAACCAUCCAAUUACUUCGCAAAAUACAGACAUUCAACAAAACAAAAUGGCUGAAUUCAACGUCACAAAACUGAUAGCAGACCUAUCCGAAAAUUCAAGAGCUUCUAAAGGUGAAAUAGAGCAAAUUCAAAAGAAAUUAUUCCAACAAGCAAACGAAAUUUUAAAAGUCAACGCCUUUGCAAAUUCUAAUCCAACGGAACCACGUAUUGUUGAUAGCACACAGAAAUAUAGUAACGCACCUAUUUAUGGAAGGUUGCCAAUAUUGAGAAAUCAUAACGCUGUACCGCAAGUAAAUACUGUCUCAUUGAGCCAACAAGAUCGUAGCAAGUUAGUUUCGCGCCAAAACCUGCCUAUUGCAAACAUGGCCGUUGCGACGAAGGCCGUCGACGCGCGCCGAGCGGACAAUCAACUUGGCGACACACAACUAGUCCCAGAGAAGCUACAAGAAAAUAUCUUGCAGUUCCCCGUGGAUAAUGCGGGCGCAAUGAUAAAUAGCGACCAGGGAAAUAUGCAAAGGGUCGCCACAUCGUCGGUGGACGCGGGAAGAGGUGUUUUUUUCUACGAAACGGGUUCUGCUGCGAGCCGCUUGCCUGCCAGUGCGCGCGCCGCUCCGCCAAGAGGACUCGUCGACCCGGUCCCCCCGUACAGGAUGCCCCCGGCGCCCGAGGCGCUGCCCGGCGCCCCCGCCCCUUCAGCUGCCCUUCACACACAUUCCGCUAAGUUUCCAAUAGAGCGCGAGGUGAUCCUAUCAUCAGGAGACAAAAAUUCCAAGGUGCCCAUCCUGCAGGAAGCCAGGAAGCGAGGGCGACUGGGCUCAGUGGCUCCGGAUACACCUCCCAAAGCUUUGGCCGCUUGGACUCAUGGCGACAACCAGGCCGGGACAUCAGGCGACUUCAGACAAUACCACGAGAACUACAGCUAUGCCCUCCACCAGAACCAAAGCCAGGGAGCCAUAUCCAGGAACCCUCAAUAUGACACCCCGAAGCCACCGAUACCAGCUAAAAAUUAUGGAACAAAAGACAGUCCAAACAAUUCUCAACUAAUCACAGUGACCGUUGAAACUGGCAAAGAUAGCACUAAAGAUGCUCCGAAAAGCAACAAGUCUGUUAGUAAGACUUAUCAUACACUAAAAGAUAUGAUCUCUAGUAGGUUUAAGAGUAAAGAUAGCGCUGAUAAUGAAAAAAUUGAUGAACCUGGAUUAAAUAACAGUGAAGAAAGAAAGAGACCGGAGCCUGAACAAACUACGCCUAGAGAGGUUGUAAGGAAGGUAGAACAAGCAAUUUAUGGUAGACCAGUGCAACAGACAAGGCCGGAAAUGCAGUACGGACAUGCUGUGGCUAACAAUAUGGUGUACCCUAGUCCGUCGCCGCAUCGGCAAUUAAUGCAGCAACAGAUGGUACAACAACACAUGAUGAUGAACCAGGCCAGAUCUCAGGAAAUGCUUGCGUCGCCUCAUCGCCAACCUGUGGCACUUGGAGCCGAUGCAUUGUACCAACAGUACGGCCCUCCAGGAAGAAGAAGUGCCGUGUAUCAGAGGGACAUGGACGUCAGGUCCAUGACUAACUUCACUUCUCUGAAGACUGGUCCGCAAAGUCAGUUCGACAAUUCUCAUUCGAGGCCGGAUCUUAGAAGCCCACAACAGUUAGAGCGAGAAAUAAUUAGACAGAGAGGUUUAGUAGAAGGUCGUCGGGCGGCAUCACAUCCUCAUCUUCUGGAUGAACCACAGCAAAGACCCGAAAUAGUGCCUCAACCCAUCCACGAUAGAUCUAGAAGAAAUUCUCAUGGUAAUCUUCUUGAUCAAAUUGCCAGUGAGCCAGCAAGAGGCAAUGUUUGUGAAGAAAGAGAAUCAGAUGAUGGAGGAUUUAGAUCACGUCUAGCAGUUCAAGGUAGAUCCAGUAUUGAAGAGAGGAUUAGAACCAGUGGCAGAUCUAAUGACUCACAAAAGCAAGACAGAGUUCAAGAAAAUGUAUAUAGAAGAACGCCUGAUAUUCAUAAAGAAAGGAGGACACCUGAUUCUAUAGCGCAGAAACAUAAAGAAGAAGUAACAAGUCACGGUGAGAGAAAUGACGAGAGUGCAAGUCAGAAGUCCGCAGAUAGUGUGUACAUUUCAAGCACCAAACCUGACACGUAUAAUCCUCAACCAUCGUCUUCAAGACAGACUCCGAACAGGAUAGAAGACUUGAAGGCUCAUGGAAAGAAAAGCGCGGGUUCUGGUGCAAGUUCAGAUUACGACAAAAAUGGUGGACAAUCCUCCAACGUAGAUUCAGGUCGGGGCAGCGUUGCAUAUUCAAGUGGGCGAAGACCUGAAGCUAGUCUCCAUGACACGUCAGCUGACUCCGAUGCUGUAGGGUCUUCAAGGGUACAGCCUCAACCGGGAACCAGUCAGCAAGCAACAGGACAGAGUGGUGAGAACGAGUGGGCUGACCUGGUGGAGUGCGAACUCAGACAGAUCCUGGAGCCGAAGCUAGCUGGCAUGAGGCUCGAGUCAUCAGGCUCCUCUGAGAGUUCAGUGACCCCACCUCUGCCCCCACUCUCGCCGUCUUCUGAUAUGCAUAAAAGAAAUAGCCUGCCGGGGCGGUCGUCGGAGUACGUGGACGAGCGCCGGCGCGGCCGCGAGUCGCCGCGCUGGCACGGACACUCCCAUAAGAAGCACUCAUCCAAACGAGAUCAUCAUUACAAGAAACAUUUGUUUGGCCUGGACACGACAGACAUGACCUCAACGACCACCCGAAGCCUGGACUUGUCAUCUCUCUUAGAUGCCAGGACAGACAGUGACGCGUCCACUGGAGACGCCAGAGCCAUCAGACGACAACUGAGGGGCUUGGAGAAUAUGUACGCUGAGGUGUUGCAGCUGUUGGGCGUGAGGAAGCCAGCUAGCUUGGCCAAGCAGCCCACUUGGGAAUCUAGGCUAUCAUCCAAGCGACGGUAUGGUAGUAUGUCAUCACUACCAUCAAGUUCAGUAAGCAGUCGGCCCGUGAGAGACAAGAGACGUAGUUCCGAUCACAGGAAGAAACAUGAUAUUAAGGGUAUUAACAAGCGUUUCCAGCGGUUGGAGUCACACGUGGUGACCCUGGCACGGUCGGUCGCGCAUCUCUCCUCGGAGAUGAGGAGCCAGCACCUCGUGCUGCAGGAGAUGGACAACAUCCGCACUGAGAUUAAUGCGCUCCGACACAUGUACAGAUCUCAACAAAACCUUCGCCACGGCCACGGCCCGCGCCACUCGGACCCGUACUCCUUCAGCAACCCCGAGCGAGUGAAGCGACUCACCAAGUUCUUCGGAGAUGAGCCGCCUUUGAUGAGGCUGUUCCUUAAAAAACUCGGAUACGAGAAAUACGCCGCAUUGCUAGAGAAAGAGAAGGUCGGAGCAGCAGAGCUCCCGUACGUGGGCGAGGACAAGCUGCGCGCGCUGGGCGUGCCGCUCGGGCCGCGCAUGAGGAUCCUCCGGGAGGCGGGCCUCCACCAGGGCCUGCCCGCCGCCGCCACCACCACCACCACCACGCUAGCUAUAGUGUGAUAGUACAAUUAUUAUAUAGCCUCCGACGCGUGCGCGACGACGACGACGGUAGCAACCGUGACAACAGAAAAUUGUAUCUGUUCCGGAUAAACCCUGAAGUACGGUCUUUGCAGCCGGUCUCUGUUGGUUACAGUGUUAUCUGCUUAUAUUUGGCUAGACUUAGAUUUAGCCUUUAUCAUUUUAAAUAUGUAAUAUAAUCACCAACCAAGUAUGAUAGUUUUGGACUUCGAAUGAGGAUCCUAGGAAGCCAGCAUGCACCAGGGGUUGACAACCUGGUACCACUACUACGCUAAGCUAUAGUGUGAAAUAAAAUAAAACCACGAAAGAUACUUUUGGAACUUGAGGAUCUCAGAAAGCCGGCAUCCAUCUAAUGUUAUACUUAUUAUCUGUCGAGAGAUAUACUUAAGAUAACUGGCGUAGUCCUGUACUGAAUUUGUUUGGAUUUCUGUAAAUAUAUUUUUAUAAUAAAACCACGGAAUAUGCCACUUCAUCGAAAACGAACGAAUAUUGUUUGAAAUAUUCUAAAUUUUAAACAAGUUAUUAAUAUUAAUCAUGUAGCUCUUAUUUGUUACAAAAUUACGUGAUAUUAUUUCCAUUUAUUAACAAAAUCCAAAUCCAUCAUUUUGAAAACAAGAAACUGCGUUUUAAAAGUUACUUAGUGGCAAAACAAAAAAAUAUAUAUCUCAAUCCAUGACAUUAAAUAAUAUAAUUAAAAUUUCCUUGUUUUAAGAUUACCUAUAUAAACUC